AUGGCCACUCUAGGCCCGGCUGUCUCCUCCCUACGCUCUUCCAUCUCCCUUCUUGAAUCUAGCAUCUCAAUACUCGACGAAGGCGUCUCCGACUUCCCUCGCCUCUGCAAAGUACUGCAAACGCAACAGCACUUUGAACUCCUUCCCGAACCAACGCUUCGUGAAGCUCAGCAGUCGUUGGUCGACGAGAUUGUACCAGCCAUUAACCAACUACUGUCAACGGCGGACAACCACAUCAAUCAAUUGGGAAGAAGGGAAGAGAGUCUCAAAGCAAGAUCUGAAUUGCUUGAGGGGAGGCUGAACGAUAACAGGAGAAGGACUUCGAGUUUCGGUGGUAAUAAUGGUGCUCGGCCGUUCCGUAAUGCCAAUUCAGGGCAGCCUGCGCCGCCUUUGAGCGAUGCGAGAAUGUUGGAAAUGAAACGACUGCAUCAGAAGAAAGAGAGACUGCAAUAUGCCAUUGAGCGAUUGGAGCUGCAGAGCAAACAGAGAGAAAGAGAAUUGAGGAAGAGCAUGGCUAUCGUGAAAGAGUGA